UGUUAAUUUUUUUUUUCUUUCCAUCACCAACAAAAUCACCCAGGCUUUACGAAACCAUAACUCACCGCUUCCCACCUUUCUUCGUUGGCACAUCCCUCUUCUCCUUACAAUGUCCUCGAUUCGGCAGCAGGAUGCCACUGAUACAACCACCCUCAGCUAUUGGUUAAAUUGGAGGUUCCUUUUGUGUGUAUUUUCUGUGUUGCUGCCAACGAUCCUUGCAUUUCUUGUAAUAUGGAAGGAUAUACGUUCGAGGAAAUUCGCAUCUGUCGAAGGAGAACAUCAGCGAGAGGGAGCUUUGUCUGGCGAUGAAGCAUGGAAACCAUGCCUUAAAGAAAUUCACCCUGUUUUUUUGCUAGUUUUCCGUAUCAUUGCAUUCUCUUCUCUUUUGGCAUCGCUAGUUGUCAAAUUUUGUGUUAAUGGUGGCUCCAUAUUUUUUUAUUACACUCAGUGGACCUUCGUUUUGGUUACAAUUUAUUUUGGGUGUGGAUCUAUGCUAUCAGUUUAUGGGUGUUAUCAGCACAACAGACCAAGGACCACCUUUAAUGUAGAUAUUGCUAGACUAGAUGCAGAGCAAGGGCCAUACAUGCCUCUCUUGCACCAGGAUACCACAAAUCGGUCUAGAAUCGAUCACCUUGCUGAUCCCCGUGAUGAAAUACACAAGAAUCAAAUUACAACCAUAUGGAGUUAUAUUUUUCAAAUUUUAUUCCAGAUGAAUGCAGGGGCGGUGAUGCUUACAGAUUGUGUUUAUUGGAUCAUUAUAUUUCCAUUCCUUACUCUGAAGGAUUACGAUUUUACCUUUAUGACAGUGAACAUGCAUACACUAAAUGCUUUUUUUCUCCUUGGAGACGCAGCUCUUAAUUGUCUGCCAGUACACUGGUCCGGAAUGUCUUUCUUCGUGUUAUGGACAAGUUUAUAUGUCAUUUUCCAGUGGACUUUUCAUGCCUUUUCCUGGAUUUGGUGGCCAUACCCGUUCCUUACUUUGUCAUCACCCUAUUCUCCGUUGUGUAAAAUGUACUUUAGAAUUGUAAAAGGACAGUUUGGAUACAAUGAAGUUUGUAGUCAUCGCCUUUGCGGGCAAUUGAUGUGAACCCUAAUAGAAUAAGGUAUAUGUUACGAGGCAAAAAGGGCAAUGCGCAGAAUCAAAAUCAGGAGAGAGAAAUGCUUGACUAACUGCCUACCUGAGAAAAGUGGGGUGAGGUAUGCACAAGUUGUUUGGAGACAGAGAUGGUUGAGGUGAGAGAAGGUUGUCUGGGUCCAUUCUUGAGUCUUAGAACAAGAAGGACGAUCGUUGAUUAUGAGGAAGAAGUUUGAGUUGUUAAUAGUUCCAUUGAAGAAGGAAAAGCUAAUAGUGCUGGAGAGCAUAUUCAUUAAUCGCUUGAAGGAAGAAAUUCAAGUAGAGCUGAAGUUGUAUAAUCCGAGAUCACCAUGGAAUCUCAUUGUCAAGGCCUUGUUGGAAGAAAGAAAUUGAACUAUUUAGAAAAAGGGAACAACAUCGAUGAGAAAAAUCGAUCGGGAAGAUCAUAAAAUGGGGUUGACACCAAAAGUAAUUUGUGGCACAUGGGGGAUCAUGAAUUUUUUGCCGGUUUUGGCUGUCUAGGAUUUCUCCAGGCCAUUUACGUCUGAAAAUGACGCAAUCAAGGAGGAAGACCAGUUUCUUAUUUCAGCCAACAGUAUCUCCAAGGGUCCAACAAAAUCUGUUCAUGAAAAAGAGAGUUGAUGACAAUUGUAAUGGUAGUGUAGAAAUGGAGACAUUGUCUUCUUGAUCAGCAUUUUACCAUGAAAGCAGAUUAAAGGAACUUGAAACUUCUGACAGAUCAAAACGGUUAUGAAGGAGGAUCAAUUUAAAUGGACUUCCACAUUGCUCGGUUUUGACUUUGAAGUGGAGUACGAUCUGGGAAGUUCAAAUAGUGAAACUAAGGCUCUAUGCAGGUAGAUCAUGCAUGCAGGUUUAAAUGUGGCUGAAUGGGAGUUGGGUGGAAAUUGAAGGAGAUAAAGUAACGAAACAGAUUAUAUUACAAGUCAUGCUGUGGCCACAACCCGUUACAUAUUUUUCCUUGAAAGAGGAUGGUUAUCCACAAGGAUAGAUUGGUGUUGCCCAAGUAGUUUUCCAAGCUUCCUACCAUUUCAUCAGAGUUUCAUUCAUCCCCCCAGGGAGGUCAUUUGUGUUUUUCCACAAGGACAUUUCAUUUGUUUUUAACUGGGAAGGUAUGGAAGCUGACCUCAAGCACUUUAUAGGUAAGUAUGAUACUUGCCGACAAAACAAAUAUGAGACAUUGUCCCAUGCAAGAUUUUUACAUCCUUAGCCUAUUCCUUUACACUUAUUGUUAGGGCUUAGAGAGUGUAUGAAAGGACACGGGUAAGGCAGAAUAAUAACUAAUUGUUCAAAAGUUAGUUGGGAGCGGGAGCGGGAACAAGACCUAUAUAAGGACCCUUUGUUUUAGAAGGUAGGGGAGAGACUUGGAUGUAAUUGUUGACCAGUUUAGUUACCUGGUGAGGGAGGUUAAGCUCUCAGAAUAGUUUGUAUUCUUGAUUCUUGAUUGUGAAUACCAUUCGAAUAUUCAUUCUACUCUGAUGUGUAGUUGCUUGAGUGUGUGAGAGUGUGAGAUCUUGGGAAUUCUUACCCGAAUACCUAACAAAGUGGUUCGACCUGUCGGAUCCAAUUGAAAGGAGAAGAGAGCAAUGGAGAGCAGACUCGAUGGAAGACCGAGUGUGGUGGAGAACAAGCUGCAUGGAGAUAGCGGUCGACGAAAUAAAGGCUGCAAACGUAGCACUGUGCCAAGAUACGAUGGCGAUACGACAAGACUUGCAGGAAUUCAUGCGGAUUUUGGGAGGAAGGGUGCAUGACCAGGAGGGGAUAUUUGAUGGUAGUCAAGCGUCUGUAAACGCCAAUCGGAGGACGAGGCGGGAAGACGAGAUUGGAGGAAGAGACGAAGAGCGCGGCGAAAGUCACGACGGGUGGCGAAAGAGGGUAGAACUACCCACUUUUGAAGGGUUUGAUUCGUUGGGGUGGGUCUCUAAGGUAGAGAAGUUAUUCGAAUUGCAAGGUGUGGUAGAGGAGGAAAGGGUGCGCCUAGCGAAAUUCGGUAUGGAGGGCAGCGCUGACUACUGGUUCAAAGCUUGGAAGGAGAAAGCCAAGAAUCGUUCUUGGGAAGGCCCGAAGGGGGCAGUAGUGGUGCGAUUUGGAGAAUGUAACAUGGGCACCACUUUUGAAAGGGUGGCGACCAAUAAAGAAUACGUCCCAGCAUCGAACGUGGGAGAACUGCCAGAACCAAGCNGGAAAGGACUGCGCGAACCGAACGUAACAGGUUUGCCGGAACCGAACGGGCUAGGACAACAUGAUGGGAACCCGAGAGAACUUCAGAAACCAAAUGGUCGGGGACUGCUAGAGUUGAACGGAGAGGACGUCAGGAAGCGAACGUGAGCCGGACCCGAACGGAAGAGGACAGAAGGAACCGAACGGUCAAGGAGAGAUGGAUCAGUGGGAGAGAAGCGUAUUUGGGGGCCGAACGCGUGGUACGAUUGUCGAGCGGUUCGAGACAGAAUUAGACUGGAAGCAGACGAAGUUGUCCAGUCUCGCGGCUGGAGGUUCUAUUCUGUCAAAAGCGAUGAAGUCGAUAGGGGACCAAACGGUUUUCACCAUUGUAGGACGAAACAGAAUGGUCUUAAUCAUCAUAGGACGAAACCAAUUGGUAUCGACUAUUAUAGAUCAAAACCGAAUGGUAUUGGGGGUGAUAGGAAGGAAAGCAGAAGAAUGGAAGACAGUGGAGGAGGAGUUGCCACCACCUAAACCUCCAGACCUGAUUUGGAGGGUGCCACCUAAGAAGAGGAGCAUUACAUCCAAUAACAAUUUCCUUACUUCAACCUUAGAAACAAGGUUGAUUCUCAAGGGGGGAGUAAUGUUAAGGCUUAAAGAGUUUAUGAAAGGACACAGGUAAGGAAGAAUAAUAACUAAUUGUUCAACAGUUAGUUGGGAGCGGGAACAGGGCCUAUAUAAGGACCCUUUGUUUCAGAAGGCAGGGGAGAGACUUUGAUGUAAUUGUUGACCGGUUUAGUUACUUGGUGAGGGAGGUUAAGCUCCUGGAAUAGCCUGUAUUCUUGAUUCUUGAUUGUGAAUAUCAUUCGAAUAUUCACAUUACUCUGCUGUGUGGUUGCUUGAGUGUGUGAGAGUGUGAGAUCGUUAGGAAUUCUUACCCGAAUCCCUAACAAAGUGGUCCGACCUGCCGGAUCCAAUAGAAAGGAGAAGAGAGCAAUGGAGGGCAGACUCGAUGGAAGACUGAGUGUGGUGGAGAACAAGCUGGAAGCCAUGGAUAUAGCGGUCGACGAAAUAAAGCCUGAAAACGUAGCAUUGCGCCAAAAUACGAUGGCGAUACGGCAAGACUUGCAGGAAGUCAUGCGGAUUUUGGGAGGAAGGGCGCGUGACCAGGAGGGGAUAUUUGACGGUAGUCAAGCGUCUGUAAACGCCAAUCGGAGGGCGAGGUGGGAAGAUGAGAUCGGAGGAAGAGGCGAAGAGCGCGGCGAAAGUCACGACGGGUGGCGAAAGAGGGUAGAACUACCCACUUUUGAAGGGUUUGAUCCGUUGGGGUGGGUCUCUAAGGCAGAGAAGUUAUUCCAAUUGCAAGGUGUGGCAGAGGAGGAAAGGGUGUGCCUAUCGGAAUUCGGUAUGGAGGGCAGCGUUGACUACUAGUUCAAAGCUUGGAAGGAGAAAGCCAAGAAUCGUUCUUGGGAAGGCCUGAAGGGGGCAGUGGUGGUGCGAUUUGGAGAAUGUAACAUGGGCACCACUUUUGAAAGGGUGGCGACCAAUAAAGAAUACGUCCCAGCAUCGAACGUGGGAGAACUGCCAGAACCAAGCNGGAAAGGACUGCGCGAACCGAACGUAACAGGUUUGCCAGAACCGAACGGGCUAGGACAACAUGAUGGGAACCCGAGAGAACUUCAGAAACCAAACGGUCGGGGACUGCUAGAGUUGAACGGAGAGGACGUCAGGAAGUGAACGUGAGUCGGACCCGAAUGGAAGAGGACAAAAGGAACUGAACGGUCAAGGAGAGAUGGAUCAGUGGGAGAGAAGCGUAUUUGGGGCGGAACGCGUGGUACGGUUGCCGAGCGGUUCGAGACAGAAUUAGACUGGAAGCAGACGAAGUUGUCCACUCUCUCCAUAAGGAUGACUCCUUAUGGAGAGAAUUUAGUUUCUCCAUAAGGAUGACUCCUUUGAAGUCAUUAUAAGGAGAAGGAAUCUCCCAUCAUUAAGGGCCUACUUUUCCACCACAGUUGAAGCAGUAAAUUCCAUGAUUGCAAGCAGAGAUAUUUUCCUUAAUCAGCUGAAAAAAAAAAAAAAGAAACUGAAU